GAAGAGAAAAGCAUCCAGCUUUCUUUCCACAACAUCACUCUCGGUCUCAGAUAGAAAAUGGAGAACUCGGCAGUUCUGAGAGAGUGGUUCGCCCGAGUUGAUUCGGCCAAUACGGGAAGCAUCACUGCACCGCAGCUCAAGAAUGCUCUUGCUGUUGGAAACCUCGACUUCCCUAUCUCGGUUGUUCAGCAAAUGAUCAGGAUGUAUGAUUUUGACCGGAAUGGGACGAUGAGCUUUGAAGAGUUUGUGGCGCUCAACAAGUUCCUUCUCAAGGUUCAACAAGCCUUCUCAGACCGAGAGAGGGGUCGUGGCUAUAUUGUUCCUGAUGAUGUGCAUGAGGCAUUGGUAAAAAUUGGUUUCUCGCUGGACUCUCCCGCUUUCUACACAGUCUGUGAGAGCUUUGAUAAAAAGAAGAAAGGAAUGUUCCGACUAGAUGACUUCAUAUCUCUUUGUAUAUUUUUGCAGUCUGCUCGUAAUCUGUUUAAUUCAUUUGAUACAGCUAAACAAGGCAGAGUGUCUCUGGAUCUCAACCAGUUUGUCUUUUGCACUGCCAAUUGCAGAAUAUGAAAUGCGGCAAUGACCAUGGGAUGUUGGGGAAUCCAAUUCCUAUGUACAUCUAUGUUUCCUAGUGUCUGUAUGUGUGUUUUCUUUUAAAUUUAUGGUCCGCAGAAUAUAGAUUUGCUUCUCAACAUGUAUCCCAUCAAUUUCCUUAUUGAUGUAGUUUUAAUUUGCAAUAUUGUUCAUUCGGAAAAGCUUGCGGAUAAAAAAGGGAAGUUAAUAUUUAUUUUUUCA